GUAAGGAGGUUCAGUCUUCCUCCGGCAGCGAGAGAGGAAAGACCAGCGCUUUGUCAUCGGGUCUUCAAGGACUGAGGAACAUGUGGCUUCGGGUGUUGUCAGUAGCGUUGGUGUUGUCAGGGGCGCUGGUGGCAGGCCAGAUAGUGUUUCCCGAGAAUGAGGACCUGAGCCUGGCAGCGGCGGGAGGAGCGGCAGGAGGGAAUCCCACGGGGGUUAUUAAUUCUCAAGGUCCCAGCGUCGACGGCCGUCUGCAGGGCACCGCUAACAUCUUCUUCCCGAAGAGCGAGGAGCAACAGCAGAUUCUGUGCAUCACGUACAAGAACGAACCAGGCAACUGCCGACUCUUGGCGCAAUGCACGACCUUCUUCGCCGAAAUUGCCGAACUGUCUCGUUCGCCCUGCACCAUCAACGGCGAGCAGCAGGGCGUGUGUUGCCCGCCCACGAAGCAGGCCACAACGGACAUCGGCGUUCUGAUCAGCAAGCAACCGACGCCCACGAACGAGCCUGUACCGAACCUGGAGGUGCAGCAGCUGAACCACGCGUGUGAGAUGGGGAUCAGCCAGAUCACGGCCAAGGAGGCGUUCGAGGACGAGCUGCUGAAGAACAACAUCGUGGCCGAGAAGGGGUCUCCUGUGGCCCUCCACGCACAGCUGUUCCAGACCACGGACAAGAUCGUGAAGAAAUCUAAGGAGGCCGAGAUGAACGUCGCAGCGUCCGUCAACCUUGUGAAACAAUUUAACUUGACGAAGAGCCAGGGAGGUUUCGGGCUGCCCAGGUUUGGUGUCCAGAAUACCAUCAUCGCCAACACGUGCCCUCAGGAGCCCCUGUGCCCCGAUACCAAGUACCGAGCCUUCGACGGUACCUGCAACAACCGCAGGAAUAAGGAAUGGGGCAAAGCGGGCACCGCCUUCCAGCGCAUCUUGCCUCCGGACUACCACGAUGGUGUAAACAUGCCCAGGCAGUUCUCCGUGACCGGCUCCCUCCUGCCUUCCCCGCGCUCGAUCUCGUCCCGCGUCAUCGUCGACCGAGAUGCACGCUACGAUAACUUUACGAUCCUCAUCAUGCAGUGGGGGCAGUUCCUCGAUCACGACAUCACUCACACGCCCAUUACGAAGGGAAAGGACAAAUCCGACAUCACGUGUUGCAAGCGAGGGCAGCGCAGGGAGCCCCGGGAAUUGCACCCUGAUUGCAUGCCUAUCGAGAUCCCAGACACCGACACCUUCUUCAGCCAGUUCGGGCAGCGGUGCAUGGAAUUCGUGCGAUCGAUGCCGGCCGUUCGUCCCAAGUGUAAUUUCGGGCCCAGGGAACAGAUGAAUCAGAUUACGUCGUUUAUUGAUGCAAGCAACGUGUACGGAUCGACGGAGGAGGAAGCGAAGCCCCUGAGGUCCUUUGUCGACGGCAAGCUCAAGGUGAAGACACAGAACGGGAACGACCUCCUUCCGCCGCACAGAGAGGAGUGCACCGACGCCUCCAGGCAGUUCCAUUGUUUCAAAGCAGGCGACAGUCGCGUGAACGAGCAACCGGAGCUGGCCGUGAUGCACACCGUAUGGAUGAGGCAGCACAACAGGAUCGCCGAGGGCCUGAAGAAGCUCAAUUCGGGCUGGGACGACGAGGUGCUGUACCAAGAGGCGCGCAGGAUCGUGGCGGCGCAGAUGCAGCACAUCACAUACAACGAGUACCUGCCCAUCGUGUUGGGCCGAGAAUUCAUGGAAGUGUUCGGACUCGUGCCCAAGGAGUCUGGCUACGCCUCCAACUACCGCGAGAACAUCGACCCGAGCAUCAACAACGCCUUCGCAACCGCUGCCUUCCGAUACGGACACACGCUCAUCCACGGCACUAUGGAAGGCUACAGUAAAUUCGGCACCAUCGACCGCAACCUGCGCCUGAGCGAGCACCAGUUCUCCCCCUUCGUGUUGUACCAGAGGGACGGCGUCGAUUCCCUUCUGCGUGGACUUUCCAUCCAGGCCAGUCAGAAGUUCGACCAUUUCUUCAGCGAGGAGCUGACCAACCGCCUGUUCGCCGGACGCUCUCCCUUCGGCAUGGAUCUGGUGGCCCUGAACAUCCAGCGCGGGCGCGACCACGGCAUUCCGGCCUACAACCAGUGGCGAAAGAUCUGCAACUUGCCGCUCGCCAGAGAUUUCAACGAUCUCUCGGAUGUCAUGGAUCCCUCGGUGAUCAACCAGCUGCGCUCUCUGUACCUGCACGUGGACGACAUCGACCUGUUCAUCGGCGGCAUCGCUGAGAAGCCGAGUGCUGGGUCCCUGCUCGGCCAUACCUUCCUCUGCAUCGUCGGAGACCAGUUCGCGAGGCUCAGGCUGGGCGACCGCUUCUACUACGAGAACGGAGGCCUAGAAUCCUCGUUCAGCGAGCUGCAGCUUCAGGAGAUCAGGAAAACCACUUUGUCCAGGAUCAUGUGCGAUAAUUCCAACCUAGAUAUGAUGCAGCCGCUCGCGUUCGUCGACGCCCACCUCGCGAACAAGCGGGCCGUAUGCAAGUUCGGGACCCUCAUCCCCGAGAUGUCGCUGGAGCCGUGGCGCAACGAGCCGGUCUGGGUGUAGGCGCCCGUGACCCUCCGAGGCUCCGAGACGCUCGCUUGAUGCUGUUCGUUUUGCGUGUUGGCCCCGCCCGUGUACUUCAUGGUCCUGUUAUAAUUCGCUUGUAUUUUUUAUUUUCUUUCUUUGAGGGGAGGGGGGGAUAUUCAUCUAUUUAUUUUGCAUAGGCUUGUGCGGCCGUAUGUUGGUUUUGUAAUUAAGCCUUUUUUUAUGAUUCGGUUCUUUGUUGGUCUUAUGAAGAAGUUCCUUUUUGGGGUAAAGGAUUUUUUAUUAAUCACUUUCUAUACGUAAAAUUCUCUACAAGGCCGUAUCUGAUUUUAUGAUUAAGCAUUGUUGUGAUUUUUAUUUAUAGUUGUUCUUUAUUAUUGUUUCGGCAAGAACUGAGGCAUUGCAUGAGCAGGCUACGUUUGUCAAAUUGAUAUAAAUGUCCUCUCUCUGAAAGACAGACAUUUUUUUUUCAUUUUGAUGGUACUUAUAUAUUUUUAAAUGUUAAAAAUAUAUAUAAAGAUUUUUCUUUAUUAAUAGGUAAUUUGAUUGUACGUGACUGCUCUAUUUUGAAGGGUUAAAGUUGUUUUCUCUGUGUAGUAACAGUGGGAAAACAGGAAGGCAUUUACCAAUAAACAUUAUCCAUUUUUUUUUUUGACGAUAUUCAUCUUAGAAUACAAUUCAUAUAGUUUCACAAGUUGCAUAUUUCGGUGAAUAAAUCAACACGUUUUGCAAAAGCUAUCAGGUGUCUUAAAAGAUUACAUUAGUUUACGCACUUUUUCAGGUAUAUACUAUAUUUAUUGUGACUUGAGUCCCCAAUAAAAUAAUUCCUUUGAUUUUGAA